AUGGUUCGAGUCGACGUUUGCGCCUCUAUACGUUUUAACGUCGAUAAUAUCCGAGAAGUGCCUUCCGUCAAUCAGAACGUGAUUUGGAACUUUGAAUCACCCUUCGGGUGUCUCCAGAUGUACAUGCUGGAAGAUGGUGCUGCGGAUGCUCAUGUGCUUGGAGGAGGCAAAGUUUAUCAGCCUGAGGCCGUUAUCAUUUGUCAGCUGGUGGACGCUGAAGCUUCCAAUCGUUGGUUUAUAUGCCUCCUCCUGUCCGACCUGGGCAUUAAGGUGUCGGAUGACGACCUUCACGUCAUGUUUUGGGCAGCGGUCGUACUCCCUCUCCAGCUGCGUAUAGAAGGCCUGCUUCUCGUCAUCGGUGCUCCCAAGGUGCGCACUUUGACAGUUUUGCUAGCAGUAUUGGCUAAGCACGAACAAUUUUUGGCAGAAUUUGACCCGGAACGGGAUGCAAUCGAAAUCAACAUUCGCAUUGCAAAGGUCCAGAAGCUUUCCGUUGAUUUGGAAGCAAUUCAGGCCAAAUUGGAAGAUGCGGCGGCCACCGAGGAAGUGAUAAGUCACAAUGCCGCGUUACGAGACGAUUUUGGCUCGCGUUUGAUACGCCUUGAAGCCCAUUUGAAGGCUAAACGGGUGCACGCUCCGCGAUCCGCAAGCACAACACCAAACACUAACCCGUUGGCAGAUAGUGCCUCCCAGCCAGAUUUGAUGAGUAGCCGUUUUGCUAACCGGCUAGGUAUCAAAUCGGGCACGGUCGAUAUCACGCUGAUUGGUGCUGGUCAAUCGUCCACCCCGGUGCGGAAAUCGAUGCGCACCACGGUAUCAUCCAGAGCGAGCCCUUAUGCGAUUAACGUUGAGUUUUUGAUAGUCGAGAAGCUUAUUGCUGACCUGCCCGCACAUGAUGUGCCCACCAGCGGCUGGAAAUUACCGCCACAUAUCAUAUUCGCCGACCCCCAUUUCGAGAAGUCGGCACCGAUCGACAUUAUUCUCGGUGCCCGGCACUAUCACUCGUUCUUUGUUCGCGUGGUAUUUGAUGGUUCAGCUAAGACGUCCACCGGCUUUUCGCUAAACGAGGCGUUAUGCGUCGGCCCUGUCGUGCAGGACGAUCUGCUCGACAUAAUUUUGCGCUUCCGCACAUAUAAGGUAGCCGUUGUUGGAGAUAUUGCGAAAAUAACAUUGCUGCAGCUUGCAAACGAUGAGGGCGCCUCUUGUCCCAAUGCUGCAGCUGCUUUGAAAACUAACUUCUACGUUGACGAUUUCAUCGGUGGUGCUGAUUCCAUCGGAAAUGCUCGCCAGUUGCGAAUCGAGCUUUCUCAAUUGCUCGCCAAAGGCGGCUUCGAGCUGCGAAAGUGGACAUCCAAUCAGCUCGAGGUGCUCGCCGGUUUAAAUGCGGAUCAAAUCGGCACACAGUCAGCGCGGCAAUUCUUACCACACGAGACGGUAAAGGCUCUUGGUGUUUCAUGGGAGCCAGAGCAUGACGUUUUAUCCUUCGAAUCCGCAAUAUCCAGUGAUGUGUCCAUUCCGACAAAGCGAUCCAUUCUAUCCAACGUAGUUCGCAUGUUCGAUCCGCUGGGCCUGAUCUCCCCGAUUGUCAUUCGGGCCAAGAUGAUGAUGCAGGAAUUAUGGUUGCAGAAAGCUGGUUGGGACGAGUAUGUUCCAGAUACUAUCUGUAAGAAAUGGAAAACAAUACAAGAGGAUUGGCAACUCAUCUCUAAAUUCAAGGUUAGUCGUUAUGCGCUUCUACCUGGUGCGCGUAUUCAGCUACAUACCUUCUGUGAUGCAUCGGAGGCAGCAUAUGGAGCCUGCAUUUAUGCGCGUUGUGAAGGCGAAGGUGGGCAGAUUCGCAUAACGUUGCUUUCUUCCAAAUCGCGUGUGGCACCGCUCAAGCGCGUCACACUACCCCGCCUUGAACUAUGCGCUGCUGUAUUAGGAGCACACCUGCAUCACCGAGUAAAGAAGGCGAUGGGGAUCAACGUUGCAGAAUCUUUCUUUUGGUCGGAUUCCACCAUCACCUUAACCUGGAUCAGCGCCACACCCAACACAUGGGCAACGUUUGUGGCUAACCGGGUAUCUGAAGUACAGCAUUACUCACACCCGCGGCAGUGGAGACAUGUACCCGGCGCGUCUAAUCCUGCUGACCUGGUUUCACGAGGCAUGUCAGCCGCUGAUUUCCUGAAAAGCAAACUGUGGAGCUUCGGUCCGGAUUGGCUAUCUUUGCCCGCUUCCAUCUGGCCCAACUCUAACCCGGAACCAGCCAACGAAACGAAUCUAGAGAUUCGCCAGCUGCAUUACACAGAUUCACAGCACGACGCGGUUUACCGGCACACAUACAUUCGGACAACGGGAAAAACUUCGAAGGCGCGGCGAGGGAGCUUCACGAGCUGUUCGAAAUGUUUCGCGAUGAACAGCAGCUACAUCUAAUUGUGACAGAUUGCACUAACCGCGGCAUCAAUUGGCACUUCACCCCUCCCAAGGCACCACAUUUCGGCGGAUUGUGGGAAGCAGCUGUGAAGACCGCCAAGCGACACCUUUUUCGGCAGUUAGGCAGCACGCGACUAUCCUACGAAGGCUAUACAACUGUCCUACAUCAGAUUGAGGCGGCGAUGAACUCGCGUCCUCUCCUACCUAUGUCAGACGACCCUAACGAGCUAUCGGCACUUACCCCAGCGCAUUUCCUCGUGGGCACAUCGAUGCAUGCUGUCCCCGAGCCGGACUACACCCAUCUUCGUUCCUGCACCCUCAGCGACUUGCAGAAGUGGCAAGUAAUGGUGCAGCGCUUCUGGAAGCACUGGACGACGGAAUACCUGCAAGAGAUGCAACGUGAUAACACCAUGGCGAAGAGGAACGACAGCAUCUUACCUGGCAAACUGGUCAUCCUGAAGGAUGAUUUCCUCCCCCCCAACCCGUUGGCCACUCGCACGUAUCGUACAUGUGCACACCGGAGACGACAAGCUGACACGGGUAGUAACACUGAAAACAUCAAAAGGUAUCGUAACUCGUCCGAUAACAAAAAUUUGUAUCUUACCUGUGGCAGAGGCCGACGAGAGCACAUGCACCUAAUUUCUGUUUAUUUUGAUUGUUUUUGUUUUGUUUGUUGACUUGCGUCAAGGGGGUAGGAUGUUCAGGCACAGCCCUGUCACUUCAUAUCGUGCUUAACGAAACACGAACAUUCUUCGUUCAAUUUCGAGUGUUCGGCUCGAUCGAGUAGUUUAUAAAUAACAGUGUAUGUCGCGAAUAAACUCUCUCUUCCAAUUUUGCUGCACAACGAAUAACUGCUGGUAAAUAUUAAAGGUUUGAAGGUUACGCCGAAACGCGGAAAAUAAAUUAUCCGAAAUAGUGAGAUUAAACAGCAAGAUUUUGACUUUUUGGUGGGGCUUGUUCGUCCUAUAAUCGAGCGCAUGGAUACAAACAUGCGGGAAGCGAUUACUACCCAGGAAAGGGUAUUAAUCGCGUUGCGUUAUAUGGCAACUGGCGAAACGUUUACAGGCCUGCAGUAUAUGUUUCGUGUAAGUGAAGUUCAGCAUUGCUAGAGCAAGAAAUAUUAAAUGAUCCUUAUUACAGGCGUCUCGUCCAUGCAUUGCCCAAAUAGUAAUGGAAGUGUGUAAAUGCAUUCGAGAGGCUCUACGUGACUAUGUUAAGACGCCGUGUUCGCGACAUGAAUGGCUCGAUAUUUCUGAGCAAUUUGAACGACGCUGGAACUUUCCACAUGCAAUUGGUGCCAUCGACGGCAAACAUGUCCGUAUUCGAAAACCCAAUCACGGCGGCUCUGAAUAUUUUAAUUACAAGGGUUUUAAUAGCAUUGUGUUAAUGGUUGUAGUUGAUGCUAACUACAAUUUCCUGUGUGCUGAUGCAUUUCUGGAGGCAAAGGAGGCAUUUCUGGUGGAAUUUUCAAAAACACUCGAUUAAAUAAAAAAUUCGAGAACAAACAGUUGAAUAUUCCGGAGCCGAAGCCAUUGCGAGUGUCGUAUGCAAUAGACGUUCCGUAUUUUAUACUCGGCGAUCAGGCGUUUGCAUUUACGGAUUAUUGUAUCCGUCCAUUUCCUGGGACACAUGCAUCGGGCAGCAUUGAACGCGUGUUCAAUUAUCGUCAUUCUCGUGGCCGUACGGUUGCCGAAAAUGCUUUAGGCCACAUAUCCAAUCGGUUCUGGAUAUACCAAACCCCAAUUCAACUUCAACCAGAAAAAGCUACUGAAGUUGUACUAACUACAAUUUAUUUGCAUAAUUUUCUCUGCAAAAGAUCGUCAAGAACUUUGUAUGCCCCUGCAACGGCAUUUGAUAGAGUUGUUGACGGGAGGCUUGUGGCAGGUGAUUGGAGGAGUAAUGACACGUUGGCUCUUUUAGAGUAUUUUUCAUCCCGGCCUUCUAAUACACUGAGAGAUAUACGUAUUCAAAUGGCCAAGGACUUCGUGAACAACAAUAGUUUAUGAUAAUAAAACCAGAA